AGAUCCCGGUCCGGUCUAAUAGACACUAUCAACCAUCUUUCACUGGCUUUUUCUUGAGUGAAUUUAUUUGAUUCAUAAUUUCUUCAAAACCGUAAUCCUGCAAUGGAUUUUAAUUUGGACGUACGUUUAAAACAAUUAGAAAGUUUAGAACAUUACAUAAAUUCAUCAAGGGGGAAGGUUACCUCUGUUUUAAACCGUUUGAAAUGGAAUGUACAAGAUCUUGUUAAGGAUAAUCAGCUAAUAAAAUGCUCCGUCGACCCUCAUCAUAGAGUACAUAUUAAUUCGGCCGACGAACAUAUCCACAAAUGCUCUCUACGAAAAGACGGUUAUAUGCUAGACGAGGAUUUUCUUUCGGAACCUGUACAUAAUCCAAAGAGUUCAAUAUUUAUAGAUGAUCAUAUGAAAAUUGAUGUAUUAUCGAAUGCGCAUAGAGCGUCUUCUAAUUUUAAAUCAGGGUGGAACGGUCAAGAUCCUGAUCCUAAGACUUCCAAUCGAUUAAUGUGUACCUUUAGUUCAGAUGAACGUUUAGUCUUAUACGAUUACGCCAUUGCAAAUACGGAAGGACCUCCAAAACCACCUGAAUUUAAAACGUAUGAACCACCUAAGCAGACUCAAAAUUUGACACAUGAGCAACUGUUGGCGCUUGAAAGGGAUAUUAAAAGACGGCGAGCUAAAUACAAGGGAGUUUUCACUGAUCACAAAAACUACACCGAAGUCUUACGUGAAAUCAUUACUGGUCAGAUGGACUUGUAUAAAAUGCGGUUGGAAAGUGGCGAGGAGCUGAAACUAGUUGAGAAUGAUGAUGGCAAGGAACACAAAACUAAACGGAGCAGCGUUUCACGUUCUAGCUCUAAGACUGACGAUUCAUACAUCAAAAGUAAUAAAGAUGACAACGGACGUAUUAAGGAGUACGAUCGCCAUCAUAGAAGAGACAGGAGUGAUCGAAAACGUUCUGAUAAGAGAUCGGAUAGGAGCAGGCGGGACAAAAGUCGUUCGAGGGAAAGAAGAAGGGAAAACCACAAUUCGAAAAGAUGACAUUAGAGAUUACAAUGAAGCUUGUUUGUUUGGCAGUUCAUGUUUAUUUUUAUUCUUUUGUAUUUAAUAAAUUUUUUACUCCUUA